AAAAUAAAAUGAUUUAAGCCAUCGAUCAGAGAUUGGGCGGUCCUCCCUACUCUUCACACAGACACGCGCGACCCUUCAUCACUUCUCCCACCGCCGCUCGCCGCCCCCGCCAAAUCAACCACCACUACCCGCCGUCCGCACUGUUUCUCUCUCGCAGUUCAGGAGAAGAACGGAGAAAGAAAAAUCAACCAGAACAGCGUGUAACUUCGAAAGUUUGUUGAUUUCGGCAAAGAACUAUCAACUACCAUGUGGAGAUCACCUCGAUUUUCUUAUCUCGUUACUAGAUUGAGCCAAGUGAACAUAAGUGAUGUUCGAUGCUGUUACAGUCAAAUGUUGUCUCAGCCAUCUAAUUUGCAGAAAAAAUCUGAAUCUCUUCCUUCUGACCAAAAAGCUAGUAGAGAGAUACCAAAGCAUUAUAUGGGGGAAAAUCUAUCUAGAAAAGAUAGAACCAAGUUUCUUCUCACCACUCUUAGCGAUAUUGAUGAUAGUAAGGAGGCUAUUUAUGGUGCUCUUGAUGCAUGGGUUGCUUGGGAGCAAAAUUUUCCAAUUGGUUCAUUGAGAAAUAUAUUGCUUAGUCUGGAGAAGAAACAACAGUGGCAUAGGAUUGUUCAGGUAAUUAAAUGGAUGCUGAGCAAGGGGCAGGGGACAACGAUGGGAACAUACGGUCAAUUGAUUCGAGCUUUAGAUAUGGAUCAUAGAGUUGGAGAAGCACACAAAUUCUGGGAAAUGAAAAUUGGCACUGAUUUGCAUUCUGUUCCUUGGCAGUUGUGCCAUCUCAUGAUAUCAGUAUAUUACCGAAACAAUAUGCUGGAAGAUCUUGUUAAGCUUUUCAAGGGUCUGGAAUCUUUCGAUCGUAAACCUCGGGAUAAAUUAAUCAUUCAGAAAGUGGCAAAUGCAUAUGAGACGUUAGGCUUGGUUGAAGAGAAAGAGAGGAUAAUGGAAAAAUAUAGUCAUCUCUUCAUAAAGGAAGGACCAAGACCAACCAGGAAAGGUGGAAGGAAGUCGGGUGCAACAAAGAAGAAAGUGCAGCCCAAUGAAUCUAGAAAGGACUCUGAGGAAAAGUAGCGGGCUGAGCUGCAAGACAAAAUUAAGUUUCGUUAUAGAAGAAAAAUGCAUUUCUGUUUCUAGACAGAGAACUCAUUCUAAAUUUUUGUUGUCACCAUUUGAAUUUUAUGAAGAUAGGAGCCAGGCUGUUUAUUUGUCUGACUCAUUGACUGCACGAAAUAUUAAAUCUAGGUUCGAUGACUUGCAACAGGAUGUGGGCUUUAUUUGGUACUAUAUUCGUUCUAACAGCAUCAGCCAACUUGGGGAGAGGAUAGUUCAUUGUUCAAACAAUUUGUUUUGGCUUUUCCCGAGCUUGGAAUAGAACAAAACAUUAUGCACUUGGGAAGCAUGUCCGAGAUAAUAUAAUUUGAAAAAUAGCAGUACCAACUACCAAGGACAUUGUGUAGUAAACUUUUCUGCUCAUCAAAGUCUUCAAUGUGUGGAUACCGACUCUGAUUAAUUGCAUGGAUGCUAGAAUGUUACUUUGUGUAGAACAGGAAUUUCAUUAACUGCAUAUUACAGAUUAAACGCGCGUUUACUAGUUUCCAACUCGUAACCAAACAUACUAAGUAUAUUAAUUCUUUGAUAUGUAUUCUAUGAUGUUAAUAACCCAAAGCUUCUCUAUGCUCAAUUGUUAUGCUGAUUAUGCAUGUAGAUUAACAACUUAUGAAUUCAAUGUUCCAAACCCAAUCUCGAUGCCAAAGCUGUUACAAGUUUGCAACAAGGUUUAUACUUUAUAGUUA